CUCCUCACCAGAUGUUGGACACUUUCCACUGGCAGAUCCAAAAACAAGAGGAAGUGAUGGCCUCCCUAGUGGAGUCUGCCAACCUGUUUGAGGUGAACGUCCCUGAAUACAAACAGCUCCGUCAAUGCAGGCGUGAGGUAGGCCUGCUGAAAGGGCUGUGGGACAUGAUCACUGUAGUGGAAUCCAGCAUGGCAGCAUGGAAAAUGACUCCCUGGAGGGAGAUUCAUGUGGAGGACAUGGAGCUGGAGUGCAAAUGCUUCUCAAAAGAUAUUCGAGGGCUGGAUAAGGAGAUAAGAGCAUGGGAGCCCUUCACAUUUUUGGACAACAAGGUAAAGAAUCUCCUCAUUUCCCUGCGGGCAGUGGCAGAGCUCCAGAAUCCGGCCAUACGAGUGAGACACUGGCAUCAAUUAAUGUCCGCUACUGGCGUUUAUUUCACCAUGGACCAGGAAACGGCUCUCGCUGACCUGCUGAAACUGAACCUACACUGUUUUGAAGAGGAGGUGAGAGGGAUUGUAGACAAGGCUGUUAAGGAAAUGGCAAUGGAAAAAGUUCUCUCGGAGCUCAACUCUACAUGGACAGGUAUGCAGUUCCAGUAUGAGCCCCACUAUCGUACCCAAAUCCCACUGGUCCGUUUGGAUGAGGAGCUUAUCGAGACGCUGGAAGACAACCAGGUCCAGCUGCAGAACCUUAUUUCUUCGAAGUAUAUCGCCCAUUUCUUGGAUGAAGUCUCAUCUUGGCAAAGUAAGCUGUCUGUGGCCGAUUCUGUCAUCUCCAUCUGGUUCGAGGUGCAACGGACAUGGACCCACCUGGAGAGCAUCUUCAUUGGCUCUCAGGACAUUCGCACACAGCUGCCUCAGGACUCUAAGUGCUUCGAAGGUAUUGAUGCCGAUUUCAAAGAGUUGGCUAACUCAUUCCAUCAAACGCCCAACGUUAUAGAGGCCACCAAUAAAUCUGGUCUGUUCAACAAACUGGAGAACAUCCAGUGCAGGCUAUCCCUGUGUGAAAAGGCUUUGGCAGAGUAUCUGGACAUCAAGCGGCUGGCCUUCCCUCGCUUUUACUUCAUCUCUUCAGCUGAUCUCUUAGACAUUCUUUCUAACGGGACCAACCCACACCAGGUCCAGAGGCAUCUUUCCAAGCUGUUUGACAACAUGGCUAAAAUGCAGUUCCAACCAGAUGGAAAUGGAAAACUUUCUAAGACCGGCAUGGGCAUGUAUAGCAAAGAAGAGGAGUAUGUGCCUUUUAAUCAGUCUUGUGACUGCUCUGGACAGGUGGAAGUCUGGUUGAACCAAGUUCUGAACACCAUGCGUGCCACUGUUCGUCAUGAGAUGACCGAGUCAGUGAGCACCUAUGAAGAUAAACCCAGGGAGCAAUGGUUGCUUGAUUAUCCAGCUCAGGUGGCACUUACCUGCACUCAGAUCUGGUGGACAUCUGAUGUGGGAAUGGCUUUCGCCCGUCUGGAAGAAGGCUAUGAUAGCGCUCUAAAGGACUACCAUAAGAAACAGGUGUCUCAGCUUAACACCCUCAUUUCCAUGCUGAUUGGCCAGCUUUCACCUGGAGAUCGGCAGAAGGUCAUGACCAUCUGCACGAUCGAUGUCCAUGCCAGAGAUGUUGUUGCCAAGAUGAUUGCGCAGAAGGUGGAUAAUUCCCAAGCAUUUGUGUGGCUUUCACAACUGAGACACCGUUGGGAUGAGAAAGAGCGGCAUUGUUUUGCAAAUAUCUGUGAUGCACAGUUCUGCUACUCCUAUGAGUAUCUGGGUAACACACCACGGCUCGUCAUCACACCUCUCACAGACAGAUGUUACAUCACCCUAACUCAGUCCCUGCACCUGACCAUGAGUGGCGCGCCGGCAGGGCCCGCAGGGACGGGUAAAACGGAGACAACCAAAGACUUGGGGCGAGCACUCGGCAUCAUGGUCUAUGUAUUUAACUGCUCUGAGCAGAUGGACUACAAGUCCUGUGGAAACAUCUACAAAGGUCUGGCUCAGACAGGCACAUGGGGCUGCUUUGACGAAUUUAACAGAAUCUCAGUAGAGGUGCUGUCUGUGGUGGCUGUACAGGUCAAAAGUAUUCAAGAUGCCAUCCGAGAUAAAAAGCUGAGGUUUAAUUUCAUGGGCGAAGACAUAAACCUUUCCCCUACUGUGGGCAUCUUCAUCACGAUGAAUCCAGGCUAUGCUGGGAGGACUGAGCUUCCUGAGAACCUAAAGGCUCUUUUCAGACCGUGUGCCAUGGUGGUGCCUGAUUUUGAGCUGAUUUGUGAAAUUAUGUUGGUGGCUGAGGGAUUCAUUGAUGCCCGGGCCCUUGCGAAGAAAUUUAUCACGCUCUACACAUUAUGCAAAGAACUUCUUUCAAAACAGGACCACUACGACUGGGGCCUCCGUGCCAUCAAGUCUGUACUAGUGGUUGCUGGCGCUCUAAAGAGAGGUGAUACCAGCCAAGCUGAGGACCAAGUAUUAAUGAGAGCCCUGAGAGAUUUCAACAUCCCCAAAAUUGUGACCGACGACAUGCCAGUGUUCAUGGGGCUGAUAAGCGACCUCUUCCCUGCUCUGAAUGCGCCCAGGAAAAGAGACAUGGACUUCGAGAAGCGUGUGAAGGAAUCCAUUCUUGACUUGAAGUUGCAAGCCGAGGACAAUUUUGUGCUCAAGGUGGUACAGUUAGAAGAGCUUUUGGCUGUGCGUCACUCAGUGUUUGUGAUUGGAAAUGCUGGUACUGGAAAGAGCCAGGUGCUGAGAUCGCUCCAAAAAACCUACCAGAACACAAAACGUCGACCUGUGUGGAUGGAUCUUAACCCAAAAGCUGUAACUAACGAUGAGCUCUUUGGCAUCAUCAAUCCAUCAACAAGGGAGUGGAAAGAUGGUCUGUUCUCUUGUAUAAUGCGCGAUUUGUCCAACAUUAGUCACAGUGGGCCUAAAUGGAUAGUACUGGAUGGAGACAUUGACCCAAUGUGGAUUGAGUCACUCAACACAGUCAUGGAUGACAACAAGGUUCUGACCCUGGCCAGUAAUGAACGAAUCCCCCUGAACUCAACAAUGAGACUAUUAUUUGAGAUCAGCCAUCUUCAGACCGCUACACCUGCGACGGUGUCUAGAGCAGGAAUCCUGUACAUAAACCCAACAGACCUAGGCUGGAACUCUUGGGUGUCCAGCUGGACUGACAGGAGAGAGGUGCAAUCCGAGAAAGCCAACCUGACUAUUCUCUUUGACAAGUACCUCCCUUCCUGCUUGGAUGCCCUGAGAUUGAGGUUCAAAAAGCUCAUCCCUAUACCUGAGCAGAGCAUGGUGCAGACGCUUUGCUAUUUGCUCGAAUGUCUGCUGACACCAGAAAAUGUACCACUUGACUCUGCGAAGGAACUUUAUGAGCUUUAUUUUGUUUUUGCGGCUGUCUGGGCCUUCGGGGGAGCCUUGUUCCAGGACCAGAUGGUUGACUACAGAGUGGAGUUCAGCAAAUGGUGGGUGGCAGAGUUCAAAACCAUCAAGUUCCCAUCCCAAGACACGGUGUUUGAUUACUACGUUGACGCGGAGAGCAAAAAGUUUGAACCCUGGUCCAAAAUGGUGCCCGUGUUUCAAAUGGAUGCAAACACCCCGAUUCAGGCCUGUCUAGUUCACACAACAGAGACCAUCCGUGUCCGUUUCUUCAUGGACUGCCUGCUGGAACACCGUCGGCCCCUCAUGCUCGUUGGGAAUGCUGGCACUGGGAAGUCCGUCUUGAUCGGGGAUAAACUUGCAUUGCUAGACCCAGACAAAUAUGUGGUUGCAAAUGUUCCUUUCAACUACUACACCACAUCUGCGAUGUUGCAAGCUGUGUUGGAAAAGCCUCUUGAGAAAAAGGCAGGACGCAACUACGGUCCCCCUGGCAAGAAAAGGCUGAUUUACUUCAUAGAUGACUUGAAUAUGCCUGAGGUGGAUGCAUAUGGCACAGUUCAACCUCACACACUAAUACGUCAACAUAUGGACUACAACCACUGGUAUGACCGCAAUAAGCUACUUCUGAAGGAAAUUCAACAUGUUCAAUAUGUAUCCUGUAUGAACCCCACAGCUGGAAGCUUUACCAUCAAUCCAAGGCUGCAGCGACACUUCUCUGUCUUAGCCCUGUCAUUCCCUGGAGACGACGCCCUCACAACUAUAUACAGUUCAAUUUUGUCGCAGCACUUGCAGAAUGAUGCUUUCACUGCCGCCGUACGGAAUAGCUGUCCCACACUCGUCCAGUUAUCGCUGGAUCUCCAUCUGCGGGUUGCCUCUACCUUACUUCCCACUGCAGUCAAGUUCCACUACAUCUUCAAUCUGCGAGACCUUUCCAAUAUCUUCCAGGGCAUUCUCUUCAGUACUGGUGAGUGUCUGAAAACCCCUCUGGACUUGUUGAAAAUCUACCUGCACGAGUCCAAUCGUGUCUACAGAGACAAGCUUAUUGAGGAGAAGGACUUCCAGGUCUUUGAUAAGCUGCAGGCGGACGCAGUGAAAAAGUUCUUUGAGGACAUGGCAGGGAGUCUGGAAAAGACCCAGAAGAUGAACCUGUACUGCCAUUUUGCCCACGGCCUUGGGGAGGCCAGGUACAUGGCUGUGGAAUCCUGGAGCAGCCUCAGUAAAAACCUGCUGGAGGUACUGGACAGCUACAACGAGGUCAACACCACACUCAACCUGGUGCUGUUUGAGGAUGCCAUGGCUCACAUCUGCCGUAUAAAUCGAAUCCUUGAGUCUCCACGGGGUAACGCACUGCUGGUCGGAGUAGGCGGGAGUGGCAAGCAGAGUCUGACCCGACUGGCUGCUUUCAUCUCUAAUCUGGAGGUUUUCCAAAUCACCUUGAAAAAGGGUUACGGUAUCACAGACCUCAAAAGUGACCUGGCUUCGCUCUACAUCAAAGCUGGCGUGAAGAAUAUUGGCACAGUGCUCUUAAUGACUGAUGCCCAAGUGGCAGACGAGAGGUUUCUCGUUCUGGUCAACGAUCUGUUGGCAUCGGGAGAGAUUCCCGACCUGAUCCCCGACGAUGAGGUGGAGAACAUCAUCAGCAGUGUGAGACCAGAGGUACGCAGCUCAGGAUUGAUGGAUACAAGAGAAAACUGCUGGAAGUUCUUCAUCGACCGGGUUCGCAGACAGCUCAAGGUGGCUUUGUGUUUUUCACCAGUAGGCAGUAAACUGAGAGUUCGUAGCAGGAAGUUCCCUGCUGUGGUCAACUGCACGUCUAUCGACUGGUUCCAUGAAUGGCCGCAGGCGGCACUGGAAUCGGUCAGCCUCAGGUUCCUGCAAGAAGUGGACAACAUUGAACCACAAGUGAAGGAGUCUGUCAGUAAAUUCAUGGCGUACGUCCACAUUAGUGUCAAUCAGACCUCCAGGGAGUACAUGGCCAAUGAGCGGCGCUACAACUACACAACACCAAAGUCUUUCCUGGAGCAGAUCAAACUGUAUCGAUGCCUGCUGGGCCAGAUGAGUAAAGACUUAAGCAGCAAAAUGGAGCGGCUGGAAAAUGGACUACAGAGGCUAAACAGCACCACUGCGCAGGUUGAUGACCUCAAGGCCAAGCUCGCGGCUCAAGAAGUAGAGCUAAAGCAGAAGAACGAGGACGCUGACAAGCUGAUCCAGGUGGUUGGAGUCGAAACUGAGAAAGUGUCCAAGGAGAAAGCGGUGGCUGACGAUGAAGAGACAAAAGUGGCAGCCAUGGCCGUUGUGGUCCGCGGCAAGCAAAAAGAAUGUGAAGAGGACUUGGCCGAGGCUGAACCUGCUCUUAUCGCCGCACAGGACGCUCUUAACACUCUCAAUAAAAACAACCUGACAGAGUUAAAGUCAUUUGGCUCUCCAGUGGCAGCGGUUACCAAUGUCACAGCGGCCGUCAUGGUCUUAAUGUCGCCCGGCGGCAAAGUCCCAAAGGAUCGUAGUUGGAAAGCCGCAAAGGUGAUGAUGGCGAAAGUGGACGCGUUCCUGGAUUCCCUUAUUCGUUUCAAAAAGGAAAACAUUCCAGAAGCUUGUCUAAAAGCUAUUCAGCCUUACUUGCAGGAUCCAGAGUUCCAGCCUGAACUCGUUGCCUCAAAGUCGAGCGCGGCAGCGGGCCUUUGCUCCUGGGUUUUGAACAUAGUCAAGUUCUACAGAGUAUACUGCGAGGUAGAGCCCAAACGCCAGGCUUUGAAUAAAGCCAACGCAGAGCUGGCUUCUGCUCAAGGGAAGCUUGCCACCAUCAAAAACAAGAUCAAUCACCUUAAUGAGAACCUGGCCAAGCUUACAGCAAAGUUUGAGAAAGCCACCGCGGACAAACUGAAGUGCCAACAGGAAGCAGAAUCGACUGCACACACCAUUUCCCUGGCAAACCGCCUGGUUCCCAUCCCAGUCACAUCUGGCUUGGACCCUUUAACCAUGCUUACUGAUGAUGCUGACAUUGCCGCCUGGCAGAAUGAGGGACUACCCGCUGACAGGAUGUCCACUGAGAAUGCCACAAUUCUUACCAACUGUCAGCGCUGGCCCCUCAUGGUGGACCCUCAGCUACAAGGCAUCAAGUGGAUUAAGACCAAAUACGGUGAACAUCUGCAUGUCAUUCGCAUUGGACAGAGAGGGUACCUGGAUGUCAUUGAAAGAGCACUGGCACAGGGUGACGUGGUUCUGAUCGAGAAUUUAGAAGAAAACUUAGAUCCUGUUCUUGGACCUCUACUGGGAAGAGAGACUAUUAAGAAGGGCAGGUAUAUAAAGAUUGGCGACAAGGAGUGCGAAUACAACCCAGGCUUCCGCCUCAUUCUGCACACCAAACUCGCCAGUCCUCAUUACCAGCCGGAGCUGCAAGCUCAGUGCACUUUGAUAAAUUUCACGGUGACAAGAGAUGGGCUGGAGGACCAAUUGCUGGCAGCUGUGGUUAGCAUGGAGAGACCUGAUCUGGAGGAGCUAAAGUCCGACCUGACAAAACAGCAAAACGGUUUCAAAAUCACCCUGAAGACGCUGGAGGACGACCUCCUAACACGCUUGUCCGCAGCUUCGGGGAACUUCCUGGGUGACACUGUGCUUGUGGAAAACCUGGAGACGACUAAACGCACUGCUGCCGACAUUUUGGAAAAAGUAAAAGAAUCUAAAGUGACAGAAGGCAAAAUCAAUGAGGCUCGGGAGCACUACAGACCUGCAGCAGCACGGGCUUCGUUAUUAUACUUCAUAAUGAACGACCUCAAUAAAAUCCAUCCCAUGUACCAGUUCUCUCUCAAGGCUUUUAGUGUGGUCUUCCAGAAGGCAGUUGUGAAGGCUGAACCCAACGAUGAUCUGAAGCAGCGGGUGUCCAACUUAAUUGACAACAUCACUUCUUCAGUCUUCCAGUACACCACCAGAGGCCUGUUUGAGUGUGACAAACUCACAUACAUAGCUCUGCUUGCCUUCCAGAUUCUUUUAAUGAACAAAGAAAUAAACCCUGCUGAGUUGGAUUUCCUUCUGAGGUACCCUGUCCAACCUGCUGAAAUAUCACCAGUGGAGUUUCUGUCUAAUCACUCUUGGGGAGGGAUUAAGUCACUUUCCUCAAUGGAUGAGUUCAGGAACCUCGAUCGAGACAUCGAAGGCUCGGCCAAACGCUGGAAGAAGUUCGUGGAGUCGGAGUCUCCAGAAAAGGAGAAAUUCCCACAAGAGUGGAAGAACAAAACCUCUCUCCAGAGGUUGUGUAUAAUGAGAGCUCUGAGGCCCGACCGCAUGACAUAUGCUGUCAGAGACUUUGUUGAGGAGAAACUAGGGAGCAAGUACGUGAUUGGCAGAUCUCUGGACUUCGCAGUGUCCUUUGAAGAGACAGGUCCGACGACGCCUAUGUUCUUCAUCCUCUCUCCUGGAGUUGAUCCUUUGAAGGAUGUGGAGAAACACGGGAAGAAGCUUGGGUUCACAUUUGACAACAAGAACUUCCACAGUUUGUCUCUGGGUCAAGGACAGGAGGUCAUGGCUGAACAAGUUCUCGACUUGGCAGCUAAGCGUGGCCAUUGGGUCAUAUUGCAGAAUAUCCACUUGGUAGCUCGCUGGCUGUGCACUUUGGAAAAAAUUCUGGAGCAGCAAACGGAGGAACGCCAUGAGGACUUCCGGGUUUUUUUCAGUGCUGAGCCUUCCUCUACCCUUGAGGGGCACAUCAUUCCACAAGGGAUCCUGGAGAACUCUAUCAAGAUAACAAAUGAGCCACCAACGGGUAUGCAUGCCAACUUGCACAAGGCUCUGGACAACUUCAACCAGGACACGCUGGAAAUGUGCUCACGAGAGAAUGAGUUUAAGAGCAUCCUCUUUGCGCUCUGCUACUUCCAUGCUGUUGUUGCAGAGAGGAGGAAGUUUGGUCCUCAAGGAUGGAACAGAUCAUACCCUUUUAAUACUGGAGAUCUCACUAUUUCAAUCAAUGUCCUCUUCAAUUACCUGGAGGCUAAUCCCAAGGUGCCCUACGAUGAUCUACGCUACCUUUUUGGUGAAAUCAUGUAUGGGGGUCACAUCACUGAUAACUGGGAUCGCCAUCUUUGCGGGACUUACCUAGAGGAGUUCAUUAAACCUGAAAUGAUGGAAGGAGAUCUUUGUCUAGCACCGGGUUUCCCUAUGCCUGGAAAUAUGGACUACAACGGCUAUCACCAGUAUAUUGAUGACACGCUACCUGCCGAGUCGCCCUAUCUGUAUGGCCUUCAUCCCAAUGCUGAGAUUGGCUUUCUCACACAAACCUCUGAAAAGCUUUUCCGCACUAUACUGGAGAUGCAGCCCAGGGAUGGAGAAGUCACCGAGGGGGGAGGGAUGACACGAGAGGAAAAGGUGCGUACAGUGCUGGAGGAGAUCAUUGAGAAGCUCCCGGAGGAGUUCAACAUGGCGGAACUGCUCGGGAAGGCCGAGGAGAGGACUCCGUACCAAGUGGUGGCGUUGCAAGAGUGUGAGCGCAUGAAUCUUCUCACCCAAGAAAUCAGACGUUCCCUCAAUGAACUCAGUUUGGGUCUCAAGGGGGAACUAACCAUGACAUAUGACAUGGAGAACCUCCAGAAUGCUAUUUUCCUGGACAUGGUACCAGAGACUUGGACCAAGCGUGCUUACCCCUCCAUGUCUGGCCUGACUCUGUGGUUUACUGACCUGCUGGCACGGAUCAGAGAGCUUGAAAUCUGGACGACUGACUUUGUCUUGCCAUGCGCAGUGUGGCUUACUGGCUUCUUCAACCCUCAGUCCUUCCUCACCGCUAUAAUGCAAGCCAUGGCUCGCAGGAAUGAGUGGCCUUUGGAUAGCAUGAGUCUGCAAUGUGAUGUCACCAAGAAGAACCGUGAGGACUUAACGUCUCCACCUCGAGAAGGGGCUUAUAUUCACGGGCUAUACAUGGAAGGUGCCCGCUGGGAUACACAGACCGGCUUGAUUGUGGACGCCCGCCUGAAAGAGCUCACUCCCAUCAUGCCAGUCAUCUUCAUCAGAGCCAUUCCCGUGGACAAGCGGGAGAGCAGGAACAUGUACCAGUGUCCGGUUUACAAGACCCCCCAAAGGGGACCCACGUAUGUGUGGACCUUUAACCUGAAAACCAAAGAAAAGCCAUCCAAGUGGACCUUGGCUGGAGUUGCUUUGCUUUUGCAGAUCUAAUUAAAUUUCAGGAGUUUUAGAUAACUUUGUGCUUGAAAAAAAAUCAUACAUCGUAAGCAGUUACUCACUAUGUUACUCAUUACUGGAGUAUUCUUUUCACCAAAUACUUUUUUUUACUUGUACUUGAGUACAUUUCUUGGAUGAUUACUUUUACUGGAGUAAUAUUAUUUUGAAGUAACACUACUCUUACUUGAGUACAAUUUUUGGCGAGUCUACCCACCUUUGAAUAUUACACACAUAAGCGGA